UGGCCCGGACCACCCCGGCCCGGAGGGCCGUCAACAAAGUGGUGUACGAUGACCACGAGAGCGAGGAGGAGGAGGAGGAGGAAGACAUGGUCUCCGAGGAGGAGGAGGAGGGCGACGCCGAAGAGAUCCAGGAUUCUGAGGACGACGAGGAAGAUGAAAUGGAAGAGGACGACGAUGACUCCGAUUAUCCGGAGGAGAUGGAAGACGACGACGACGACGCCAGUUACUGCACGGAAAGCAGCUUCAGGAGCCAUAGCACCUAUAGCAGCACUCCAGGUAGGCGAAAACCCAGAGUACAUCGGCCUCGUUCUCCAAUUUUGGAAGAAAAGGACAUCCCGCCCCUUGAGUUUCCCAAGUCCUCUGAGGAUUUAAUGGUGCCUAAUGAGCAUAUAAUGAAUGUUAUUGCCAUUUAUGAGGUACUGCGGAACUUUGGCACUGUUUUAAGGUUAUCUCCUUUUCGCUUUGAGGACUUUUGUGCAGCCUUGGUGAGUCAAGAGCAGUGUACACUUAUGGCGGAGAUGCACGUUGUGCUUUUGAAAGCAGUGUUGCGUGAAGAAGAUACUUCCAAUACUACCUUUGGACCCGCUGAUCUGAAAGACAGUGUUAACUCCACGCUGUAUUUCAUUGAUGGGAUGACGUGGCCCGAGGUGCUGCGGGUGUACUGUGAGAGCGAUAAGGAGUACCAUCAUGUUCUUCCUUACCAAGAGGCAGAUGACUAUCCUUAUGGACCAGUGGAGAACAAAAUCAAAGUUCUGCAGUUCUUAGUCGAUCAGUUUCUUACCACAAAUAUUGCUCGUGAGGAACUGAUGUCUGAAGGGGUAAUCCAGUAUGAUGACCAUUGUAGGGUUUGUCACAAACUUGGGGAUUUGCUUUGCUGUGAGACGUGUUCAGCCGUAUACCAUUUGGAAUGUGUGAAGCCACCUCUCGAGGAGGUGCCGGAGGAUGAGUGGCAGUGUGAGGUCUGUGUGGCACAUAAGGUGCCUGGUGUGACUGACUGCGUUGCUGAAAUCCAAAAAAACAAACCAUAUAUUCGACAUGAACCUAUUGGAUAUGACAGAAGUCGGAGGAAAUACUGGUUCUUAAACCGAAGACUCAUAAUAGAAGAAGAUACAGAAAAUGAAAACGAAAAGAAAAUUUGGUACUACAGCACAAAGGUCCAGCUUGCAGAAUUAAUGGACUGCCUAGACAAAGAUUAUUGGGAAGCAGAACUCUGCAAAGUUCUGGAAGAAAUGCGGGAAGAAAUCCACCGGCACAUGGACAUAACCGAAGACCUGACCAAUAAGGCUCGGGGCAGUAACAAAUCCUUUCUGGCGGCAGCUAACGAAGAAAUUUUGGAAUCCAUAAGAGCCAAAAAGGGAGAGAUUGAUAUUGUUAAAAGCCCAGAAGAAAUAGAAAAGGACAACAGCGAGACUGAGAAUAACUCCAAAGAUGCUGAGAAAAGCAGAGAGGAGUUUGAAGACCAGUCCCUUGAAAAAGAAAAUGACGACAAAACACCAGACGAUGAUCCUGAGCAAGGAAAAUCUGAGGAGCCAACAGAAGUUGGGGAUAAAGGUAACUCUGUAUCAGCAAAUCUUGGCGACAACACAACAAAUGCUUCUUCAGAAGAGACUAGUCCCUCUGAAGGGAGGAGUCCUGUGGGGUGUCUCUCAGAAACCCAUGAUAGCAGCAACAUGGCAGAGAAGAAGGUGGCAUCUGAGCUCCCCCAGGAUGUGCCAGAAGAACCUAACAAGACAUGUGACAGCAGUAACACUAGUGCUACCACUACCUCCAUUCAGCCUAAUCUGGAAAACAGUAACAGCAGCAGUGAACUAAAUUCUUCCCAGAGUGAAUCUGCUAAGGCAGCUGAUGAUCCUGAAAAUGGAGAAAGAGAGUCUUAUACACCUGUCUCUGUUCAAGAAGAGAUAGGACUUUAUAAAUGGUCUCGAGAAGUAGCCACCAUAGUUGAGCAUCUUGACAUUAAAAUCUCCAGCGUACUGGUAGUUAACUCUCAAGGAGAAAUUUCACGGCUGAGUACCAAAAAGGAAGUGGUCAUGAAAGGAAAUAUCAACAAUUAUUUUAAGUUGGGUCAAGAAGGGAAGUAUCGUGUCUACCACAAUCAAUACUCCACCAAUUCAUUUGCUUUGAAUAAGCACCAGCACAGAGAAGACCAUGACAAGAGAAGGCAUCUUGCACAUAAAUUCUGUCUGACUCCAGCAGGAGAGUUCAAAUGGAACGGUUCUGUCCACGGGUCCAAAGUUCUUACAAUAUCUACUCUGAGACUGACCAUCACCCAACUGGAAAACAAUAUCCCUUCGUCCUUUCUUCAUCCCAAUUGGGCUUCCCACAGGGCAAAUUGGAUCAAGGCAGUUCAGAUGUGUAGCAAACCCAGAGAAUUUGCGUUGGCCUUAGCAAUUUUGGAGUGUGCAGUUAAACCAGUUGUGAUGCUACCAAUAUGGCGGGAAUCUUUAGGACAUACCAGGUUACACAGGAUGACAUCAAUUGAAAGAGAAGAAAAAGAGAAAGUAAAAAAAAAAGAGAAGAAACAAGAAGAGGAAGAAACGAUGCAACAAGCUACGUGGGUAAAAUAUACAUUUCCAGUUAAACAUCAGGUUUGGAAACAAAAAGGAGAGGAAUACAGAGUAACAGGAUAUGGUGGUUGGAGCUGGAUUAGUAAAACUCAUGUUUAUAGGUUUGUUCCUAAAUUGCCAGGCAAUACUAAUGUGAAUUACAGAAACUCGUUAGAAGGAACCAAAACUAGUAUGGAUGAGAAUAUGGAUGAAUCAGAUAGAAGAAGAAGUCCAAAAAAAAUAAAAACAGAGCCUGAUUCUGAGAAAGGCGAGGUAAAAGAUUCAGAUGCUGCAGAAGGAGCAGACAAAAGUGAAAUGGAUAUUUCAAAGAUUACUGAGAAGAAGGACCAAGAUGUAAAAGAAGUCUUAGAUUCUGACAAUGAUAAAUCCCUUAAGGAAGAACCAAUGGAAAUAGAUGAUGAUGUGAAAACAGAAUCACAUAUAAAUUGUCAGGAAAGUUCUCAAGUAGAUGUGGUCAAUGUCAGUGAGGGCUUUCAUCUAAGGACUAGUUAUAAAAAGAAAAUUAAAUCAUCCAAACUAGAUGGACUUCUUGAAAGGAGAAUUAAACAGUUUACGUUGGAAGAAAAACAGCGCCUCGAAAAAAUGAAGUUGGAGGGUGGAAUUAAGGGUACAGGAAAGACCUCUACAAGCUCUUUGAAAAGCCUGUCAGAGUCACCAAUAAUAACGAAAACAAAAGAAGGGUGUCAAAGUGACUUGCUUAGACAAGAACAAAGCCCUAACACAAGUAACGAAAAAUCUGAAGACUUUAUUCGAGGAUGUUCACAAAGUGAUUCCUCAAUUCUGGGAAUCAAUGAUCCUGGUCAUACAGCAAGUAAACUUUAUCCAAAAGAUCAAAUGUUAGAUGACAUCUCCAUUCAGAGCCCAGAGACAAACUGUCAGAAACAAAAUUCUGUUGGAAAUGACAUAGAUGAGAGUUUCUCUGAACCUACCAGUAAAGGACAGGAGCCCAGUAAGAUUAAAAGAAAAGGAAGUGAUUUUCUCAUCGAAGACUCUAAGCUAGCCAGUGCAGAUGAAAUUGGUACUUUGAUCUAUAAAGAAAAACCACUCAUACAGGAGGAUAAUGACACCAUUGUUUCUCCUUCCCAGAGCCCUUUACUCCCAUCAGUAUCAAAAAGUACUGAUGAUAGAGAUAUCCCAUCUCUGUCAAAAGCAAUGAACUUGGAAGGAAAACUGGGCUGUGACUCUGAAUAUAAUAGCACUUUGGAAAAUAGUUCUGAUACUAUGUCCAUUCAGGACAGCAGUGAAGAAGAUAUGAUUGUUCAGAAUAGCAAUGACAGUAUUUCUGAGCAGUUCAUAACCCAAGAACAAGGUCGUGAAGGCUUGGAAACAUUGAAACAUGAGUUUGUUUCAGAUAAGUCCACUGGAAACUGUGAUGACAGGCUGCAGGGUAAGGUAACUGAAGCAAAUGGUAAAAAACCAAGUCAAGAACAGAAAUUAGAGGAGAGACCAGUUAAUAAAUGUAUUGAUCAAAUAAAUCUAAAAAGUAGCAACAGAAAGAAUAAUGAAAAUCGAGACUCUGAAAAGAAAGUACAGAAAGCAAGUACCUUUCAAAUAAAUGGGAAAGAUAAUAAACCUAAAGUAUAUUUGAAAGGUGAAUGCUUAAAAGAAAUUUCUGAGAGUAAAGUAGUAAGUGCUGAAGUUGAACCAAAGGUUAAUAAUAUCAGUAAAAUAACUCCUGGAAAUGAUGUUAAGUCUUUGACUGUUAAAGAAUCUGCUGUAAAGCCAUUCAUGAAUGGUGAUGUCAUCAUGGAAGAUUUUAAUGAAAAAAACAACUUGGAAACAAAAUCAUGUUUACCAAGAUCUUCAGAUGCUGAGGGUGACUGCCAAGAUGGCCUAGAGAGCCUGCCAUCAACCAAAGAGUCUGAGAGUGCACGAACUACCACAUUUCCACCAUCUUGUCUAGAAAGCAGUUCAACGAAUCAGGUAGAAGAUAUGGAAAUUGAAACCUCGGAAGUUAAGAAAGUUACUCCAUCACCCAUUACUUCCGGAGAGGAAUCAAACCUUAGUAAUGAUUUUAUUGAUGAAAACGGUCUGUCCACCAACAAAGAUGAAAAUGUCAAUGGAGAAUCGAAAAGAAAAACAGUCAUUACAGAAGUCACCACGACGACAUCCACAGUGGCCACCGAAUCAAAAACUGUAAUCAAAGUAGCAAAAGGCGAUAAGCAAACUGUGGUCUCUUCCACAGAGAAUUGUGCCAAAUCCACUGUCACAACCACCAUGACGACGGUAACAAAGCUUUCCACACCCUCUGCAGACAGCAGUGUGGACAUCAUCUCUGUGAAGGAGCAGAGCAAAACUGUGGUCACGACCACAGUGACAGACUCACUAACCACCGCAGGGGGCACUCUGAUAACGUCUAUGACCAUGAGCAAAGAAUAUUCCACAAGAGACAAAGUGAAACUCAUGAAAUUUUCAAGACCCAAGAAGACCCGUUCAGGUACAGCACUACCAUCCUAUAGAAAGUUUGUCACCAAAAGCAGCAAGAAGAGCAUAUUUGUUUUGCCUAAUGAUGACUUAAAAAAAUUGGCCAGAAAAGGAGGAAUUCGAGAAGUCCCUUAUUUUAAUUACAAUGCUAAACCUGCCUUGGAUAUAUGGCCAUAUCCUUCUCCUAGACCAACCUUUGGUAUCACUUGGAGGUAUAGACUGCAGACCGUGAAGUCCUUAGCUGGAGUGAGCCUUAUGUUGCGGUUAUUGUGGGCAAGUCUGAGAUGGGAUGACAUGGCAGCCAAGGCUCCUCCAGGAGGCGGGACGACACGGACAGAAACAUCUGAAACUGAAAUCACAACAACAGAAAUCAUUAAGAGGCGAGAUGUUGGUCCUUACGGCAUUCGCUCUGAAUAUUGUAUCAGAAAAAUCAUUUGCCCCAUUGGCGUUCCAGAGGCACCAAAAGAAACACCUACACCUCAGAGGAAAGGCCUUCGAUCAAGCGCAUUGCGGCCAAAGAGACCAGAAACGCCCAAGCAAACUGGCCCUGUUAUUAUCGAAACCUGGGUAGCAGAAGAAGAGUUGGAAUUAUGGGAGAUCAGGGCGUUUGCUGAGAGAGUGGAGAAAGAAAAGGCACAAGCAGUUGAGCAACAGGCUAAGAAACGAUUGGAACAGCAGAAGCCUACAGUAAUUUCAGCGUCCACUACUUCCCCAACCAACAGUACGACUAGUACCAUCUCUCCAGCACAGAAAGUUAUGGUGGCCCCACUGAGCGGCCCUGUUACAACUGGCGCUAAAAUGGUACUAACUACUAAAGUUGGAUCUCCAGCCACAGUAACAUUCCAGCAGAACAAGAGCUUCCAUCAGACCUUUGCUACCUGGGUUAAGCAAGGCCAGUCAAAUUCAGGCGUUGUUCAAGUACAGCAGAAAGUCCUGGGUAUCAUUCCAUCGAGUACAGGUACAAGUCAGCAAACCUUUACUUCAUUCCAGCCCAGGACAGCAACAGUCACAAUUAGGCCCAAUACCUCAGGCUCUGGAGGAACCACAAGCACUUCACAAGUGAUCACAGGGCCUCAGAUCCGCCCUGGUAUGACGGUGAUUAGAACACCACUCCAACAGUCAACACUAGGAAAGGCAAUUAUUCGAACACCUGUGAUGGUACAGCCAGGUACUCCUCAACAAGUGGUGACUCAGAUCAUCAGAGGGCAGCCUGUUUCCACUGCAAUCUCUGCCCCUAAUGCAGUUUCCUCAAGCCCUGGGCAGAAAGGCUUACCUUCCGGACCAUCCGCUGCAAACCUGCAGUCUUCAACCUCACAACCCCCUCGUCCCCAGCAAGGACAGGUGAAGCUGACCAUGGCGCAACUCACCCAGUUAACACAGGGCCACGGUGGCAAUCAAGGUUUGACGGUAGUAAUUCAAGGACAAGGUCAAACUACAGGACAGUUGCAGUUGAUACCUCAAGGAGUGACUAUACUUCCAGGUCCAGGACAGCAGCUGAUGCAAGCAGCAAUGCCAAAUGGUACUGUUCAGCGCUUCCUGUUUACCCCACUGGCAACAACAGCCACCGCGGCCAGCACCACCACCACCACCACCAUUUCCACUACAGCAGCAGGUACAAGUGAACAAAGACAGAGUAAAUUAUCACCCCCGACACAGGUGCAACAAGCCAAAACCCUGCCACCAGCUCAGUCAUCAAGUGUGAGUCCUUCAGAAGCCCAGCCACAGACUGCUCAGCCUUCAGCUCAGCCCCAGCCCCAAACCCAGCCCCAGUCCCCAGCUCAGCCUGAAGCUCAGACUCAGCCUGAAGUUCAACCCCAAACAACUGUUGCAUCCUAUGUCCCUUCUGAAGCACAACCCACCCAAGCACAGUCAUCCAAGCCCCAAGUUGCAGCACAGUGUCAGCCUCAAAGUCAUGUCCAAGGACAGUCUCCUGCUCGCGUCCAGAGUCCGCCACAGACUCGAAUACGUCCAUCAACUCCAUCCCAGGUGUCUCCUGGACAGCAAGCCCAGGUUCAGACUACAACCUCCCAACCGAUUCCAAUUCAGCCACAUACAUCUCUUCAGAUACCUUCCCAGGGCCAGCCACAAUCACAACCCCAGGUGGUGAUGAAGCAUAAUGCUGUAAUAGAACAUUUAAAACAGAAAAAGACCAUGACUCCAGCUGAAAGAGAAGAGAAUCAAAGAAUGAUUGUCUGUAACCAGGUGAUGAAGUAUAUUUUGGAUAAGAUAGAUAAAGAAGAAAAACAAGCAGCGAAAAAACGGAAGCGCGAAGAGAGUGUGGAACAGAAACGUAGCAAGCAGAAUGCUACCAAGCUCUCUGCACUGCUCUUCAAACACAAAGAGCAGCUCAAAGCUGAAAUCCUGAAAAAGAGAGCACUCCUGGACAAGGAUCUACAAAUCGAAGUGCAGGAAGAGCUCAAGAGAGACCUGAAAAUUAAGAAAGAAAAAGAAAUGGUGCAGGCCACAGCAGUAGCUGCCACUUCCCCGCCUCCGGCCCCACCGCCUUCGCCUCCACCUCCGCCUCCCCCGCAGCACUCGGGUCCCCUGGCCACGGCCACGGCCACACUGCCUGCAGCUUCCCAGAAGAGGAAGCGGGAAGAGGAAAGAGACUCAAGCUCCAAGUCCAAGAAGAAGAAAAUGAUUUCUACUACCUCAAAGGAAACUAAGAAGGACACAAAGCUUUACUGUAUAUGUAAAACGCCUUACGAUGAAUCUAAAUUCUAUAUUGGCUGUGACCGGUGUCAGAAUUGGUACCAUGGGCGCUGCGUGGGCAUCUUGCAGAGUGAGGCAGAGCUCAUUGACGAGUAUGUCUGUCCACAGUGCCAGUCGACAGAGGAUGCCAUGACAGUGCUCACGCCACUGACAGAGAAAGAUUAUGAGGGUUUGAAGAGGGUGCUGCGUUCUUUACAGGCCCAUAAAAUGGCCUGGCCUUUCCUUGAGCCAGUGGAUCCUAAUGAUGCACCCGACUAUUACGGUGUUAUUAAGGAACCGAUGGACCUUGCCACCAUGGAAGAAAGAAUACAGAGACGAUAUUAUGAAAAGCUGACGGAAUUUGUGGCAGAUAUGACCAAAAUUUUUGAUAACUGUCGUUACUACAAUCCAAGUGACUCCCCUUUUUACCAGUGUGCAGAAGUUCUUGAAUCAUUCUUUGUACAGAAAUUGAAAGGAUUCAAAGCUAGCAGGUCUCAUAACAACAAACUGCAGUCUACAGCUUCUUAAAGUUCAGCGUGUUAACCUAAACAUAAAACACAGCAAGAAUCUGGUUGUCUGAACUAUUUUAAAUUAAGGAGCCAGAUGUUUUUAGUCAGGUUAUCCUGACAAGACUUGACCUAAACUUCGUUUUUAUUGGUCAUAACAGUCCAAUUAUAUUCUUGACCAAUUUUGUCCAACGGACAAGGGAAAAGCAAAGUCAACGACACCAUUAUCUUGUCAAGAUCAAAUGGUUUUAUUGUUGUGGCAGAAGCGGGAAAACUUUGUUUAUUGAAAAAAAAAAAGAAAAAAGAAAGCAAGAAAAAAAGAUAAUAUGGGGUCAAGUGUAACUCCAUGGAAAUGCCACGUCUGCUCUUCAGUGAAGAAGCUGGUUUAGAGUCUCACAGAAAACUUUUGACUGUAUUUAUUUAUUGUUGCAAAAAAGACGCUUUUUUAUUGCUGCCCUCAUUUGUCAGCUAAUUAUUUUUUCUUAUAAAAUUCAGCCCCGGUUACAUGUAAUCCAUUCUGUAUCUUAUCAUGAUUCCUGUAGGUAAAAGUACAAGACGACCUCUAGAUGUCUUUUCUUUCUAUGAAAGGAGCUGCUAUGUACACAUGUGCACACACACACACACACACACACACACACACACACACAACUGGGAAUCAACAAUGCGUUUAUUGUUCAUGGUAGAUAAAAAUUAAGCUUGCAUAAAGGUUGGGCUAAGUGGUCCUGGACUACAGACUCUCUUGCCUUGAAUAUAACAGUACAAUUUGUCAUUUACUCUGCACCAGGCUAAAAUGAGUAAAAUCUAUUUGAAGGUAUCUUGUUUGUAAACAUUUGUCAGAUUCUAAUUUUUUUCUUUUUGUAUUAAAAUUCAACUAUGGAUGUAUAUGAAACAAAAUAAAUGGAGAUCAUUUUUCUCCCACAGAUGGUGUCUUUGAAUGUGCGCUAAUGAUUAUCUGUAAGCCUUUAAGGGGAAAGGGAGGGCUGCAAGGUAAAUAAGAGGCAGAAGAAUCUAAUAGUACCUGGAUUUGUGCAGGAUAUUAGUGGCCCUUCAUUUUAUAAUUCCCAGCCCAUUGUAAUCAUGUCAAAGGAAAAUCUUCAGGGGUGCUAGUCAUGUUGCAUCAGUUGAUCGUACUAGUAAAAAAGGUAAUGUGACGAAACAGACAUUGCCUUCAUCUGUGUAUUAUAUGAUAUCAGGCAAAUGAUCAGUUCGACAGCUACUUAUAUUUUAUGAAGGGUGUUUUUUUUGAGAUGACAUCAUCUUUUUUUUGUUUGUAUUUUUUGUUGGUUGCGUUGUUUUGGGUAUUUUUCCACUAAGGAAAAAGUAGUGUAAUCAGUAGGAAAAAAGGUGGAAACAACGGAGGAGGGUGUAUUUUGCAUGUUUUUCCUUUCAGUGUUCUAACCUUACACUUGUAUUACGGCAUUGUAAUAGCUUCUAGAAGAUCUUCCAUGGUUGGUUUAUGCAGCUUUGCAAAAAUUUUACUAGAUUUUGCACUAAUUCAUAUUAGCUUUGUCCUGCCGAGUUCUGGAAUUUAUCUAAUUAUUGUUUUUAAAAAAUUUCUUCUGUGUAAUAUCACCCUGCUAUGCAAAACCUUUCCCAGACCGCAGUUUCUCAAAAGAAAGAUAUUGCUACAGUUCCCAAUUCUUUCUUAUUACAGGCUCAGGUGUACAGGUUAUUCUGUGUUUUUAUCUAAUGAAGCCCAUUUUUGUACAUAAAAAUGUCACUUAAACCUAUGCUUACAAACUAAAGAGACGAAUUGCUCAAUAUUAAAACAUGGAAACCAUUUUGCUUAAAAUAUUAACAUGGAAGUAGUCAAACAGGUUAUUUUGUCCUUUUACUUUUUGAAAAAUGUUACAUAUUGUAUGCACUGUGCUGAUGCAAAAAUCCUACAUUUUAAUGAACUAUAAAAUUAUUCUGCAUCUCAUCACAUCACAGUAUUUCUGUACUAUUUAUUCAUAUAUAUAGAUAUAGAUAUAUAUGGGCUUAAUCAUUUAAAACUUGUUGCGGCAAGAACUUUCCUACUUGUAGGCAAUAGAUUGCUAUGUUUUUAACAGAUUGUGGCAAAUUCUAAACAGCUAUUCUUUUUGUACGUAAUAGGACAUUUCAUCCUAGAAAAAUAAAGUAAUGUUUUUGACAUUGGAUUUGGUGCAGUUUCUAAUGAAACAGUGGUUGGUUGAUAUAUUUUCUGUAGCUGUUGGCCUUGCCAGAUUGUACAAAAAAGGUAAAUUUUAUGGGAAUCCUCUGACCAGGAAGAUGUUGAUUUCAUAUGUGUAUUUAAUAUAAAGUUUUGCAAUUUCUAUCACCAUAUAAAUACAUAGACAUUUUAUAGUUUUAUCAACUACGGAGCUUUAGUCUUCCAAAAGUAAUUUUUGAAAGACACAUUCUUAUAAUACAUAAGGAGUUUCAAAAGCUGCUUUUCUAUGAGUAUUCUUUGACAAGCUUCUGCUAUUGGAUAAAAUACACAUAUUACAGCUAUUUUGCUUUCAAUAAUCCAAGUAGUAGAAGGCACAUUUGUGAUACUGUUAGGAUUUUUCUACUCAGUCUUUGGGCUUGUAAAUAAUUUGCAUCAGUAGAUUUCCUUGGCUAAAGGUAUUUUCAGUGCUUGUUGUGUUUCAUCUGCCAAAUUCACAAUCCUUAAACUAUUUCAUAAAAAGUUAUUUUCAUAAUAUUGGUAAGGCUUUUUUUCUCCUCUCCAAAUUCUGCAGGAUUUGUAUUUCAGUUAAUGUCCUGCAGUGGGUUAAAAAAACUUGUGAACUUUUAGAGCUAUUUUCUAAAGUAAAAACAAUUACCUUUUGAUAUUCAAAAUGGCCUGGAGUGUUAUUUACAGACACUGACAUUUACUGUUGUUUGUCAUCUGCCUUCCUAGAAUCUGCAGAUAGAAGUUCUUUCCCUCUUCCUUUCUGUUAGGCAAACUCCCUGCCUCUUUGUGUUUCUCAUAUUCAAGAGCCAGCCUGGUGACCUUUUAAAUCUGCACCUACAGACUGAACUAGACAGAGCUCCAUGGUUAUUGCAGCACUCACCCUUUUCAUAAUUGAGGCUAUUACCCAUAAGUUAGCUUUCUAGUCCUUAAAAUGAGAAUGGUGGUAUCUCAUGGGCAAAGGGAUAUUUUAUAAGUACUUUGUGGAGACACAGCCAGCUGAGAAGUAUUUUUAAUAAUUUGAAAUCUUCAAAGGUACUUCCCGAUACUUAGAAUAAGAUACCAAAAAAACAUUUCUUAGAAGAUAGCACCCCACUUGAUCCAACUUGGACCAAAUUCAACUGAAGAAAUAAGCCAAAUAUUUUAAAUGAUAAAGUUCUGUUCCUGAAAUUGGGUUGUGCAUUAUAGGUGUCAGGUCAGUUUUUAGGUGUUUGCAUAUACGUGUGUUUGAUCCACCUUAAAAGUGAUUUUAAGAGAAAUAUAAACAAUGCCAAAUGAUAUCCUUAGAAGACAGUGAAAAGCUAGUACCAAAAAAAAGUGUAUAUGUUUUAUAGACCUUUCCCUACCAAAAGAAAAACAAGUACUUUUUUUUGUUGUCAAAUUCUAGCAGCUUAAUUUGAAGAAGGGAUGCUAAUGAGUUAGUCUUGAAGGCAACUGAGUAUUUUAUCGAUGAGGGACUGUUAGGUGUGCAGUCCUUUGGAGCACAACAAACCCAUGUGCUAAGAAGUACAGUAGGACAAAAGGAUUAGGAACUACAAUGAAUUUCCUAAUAAAAAUUUUCCAUAAAAUUCAAGAUGGCAUCCAAGGUACUGACUGAAUACUGAAAAGGAGAUUCUUCACCUCUUGCUAACCUGGAGUUCCCAGCCUAGAGUUUAUUGCCUUCUGUGGCUCUACCUCCUCUGAGCCUCACUGAACUCUCAUUGCAAACCUGGUCUUAAAUGAUGGCCUUAGUUUUAACGAGGAAGUUUCUAAAAAGCUGGCCUGCUUAUGUAUGCUGGGGUGUACAUACUAACUGUACAGCCAAGUAUCACACAGAUCACACAGUUUGGGCACAUUGUGUUUCCAAAACUCAGAAACUUGAGUUAUUAUCAAAUCAGUCUAAUCAAAACCUAACCCUCAGGCUAUGUAAAAGGGAUUUUCCCCCCUCACUUUUAAACCAGAGUUAUUUAUAACUCUACUCUUCAUGCUCAAACAUCUGACCAUCCAACCAAUAAUUUAACUGUUUGGCCAUUUUAUUUUCCCCACUGUGUUACUCAAGGUCACUACUUCGCCUUGUGACAUUUAAAACUUAGGCUUUGACUUUCGUGACUGGUGCUACUUACAUUUAAUUUUUAUCUUAAGGAAAAGUAACCCAAAAGCUCUUCACUUGCCGCAUACACUGCUGUCGAUAGUUUGUGUAAUAAUGUAGUUGAUUUCCCAAAAAGUAAUUCUAGUAUGAUUUUUAAUAAAUUUGGGCAAGACUCCUUUUUGGAAAAUUCUCCAAGAAAAUCCCUCAGUAAUGCUUUAAACACAGAAUAGUCAGAACCUCUCAACUUUUACUUUACCUCUUUGCUGCCGCCCCCCCCCCUUAGGGGCAAAUAAGGUAACAGUAUCUCCCAUUACAAUCAGAUGUUCUGUCUUAGGCUAUUGCUAUGUCCUGUCCUGGCAUUCUUUAGGUAUAUUCAGUGCUUCUGUAUGGCCAUUAAAGACUGUGUGCCAUUACAGACUAAAGACACUUCCCUGAGGGCAUCUCCUUUAUGACCACAUGGGCUGGUUUUCUCUUCAGUGCAGUUCCUUUUUAUCUUUCUUUAGGCAGUAAUCUUCAACCAUGGGUUAUCAGUGUCUCUAUUCACAGCAUUUCAAAUGAACUUAAGUACAGUUGGGUCUUCUGAAAAAAACUUUAUGGAGUUGUAUAAAAUCAAUGUUAAAUUCAGCUAGUGUUUAAACCUUUUUCAAACCAACUGGAAAACGCUUGAAAGUCACAUGCUUGCAAGCUGUUGCUUGCAACCCUGGUUCCAGGGUUUGGGGAGUAAGUUUGAGAAAGGCUUUUUCCCAAACCUUAGGGGCUCAGUGAGGCUAAAAAAACCAGGUGCAUCCAAGAUCUGAUUUCAAGGCAAGAUUUACUGCUUUACAAACACAAACAAGAUACUUGGUCUUAAUAGAAAAAUGACAUCAGAUACACCCAGCGUUGGGAUAGCUGCCAGUUUGGCACAAAACAUACGUUUUCAGGAGCAGGGAGGCAAGAAAAUAAACUAUAUCUUACAUUUUGGUACAUCAGAAACACUUGUUUAAAAAAUAUUUUGCUUGAAUUAAGCCCUUUAGUCUUCUUGAAGUGUAAAACUUUCUAACUUGUCUUGGGCUCUGAUCCUAGUGUUUGAUCUAUAUGACAUUUCAUACAUGUCUGACUAGUGCACUUACUGUUAUGUACAGAAUUUUAAAUGUGAUGGUUUGGGUAUAAAAUUUGGUUUGAUACGUGAUAUAAAGUAUUCAAAGUUGUAUAUAAAAUCAAGGAAAUGUUUUUUGUGAACUAUUUCUACUGAAGAAUGUAUUUAAAUUAAAAUAAUUAAAAAUAAA